AUGGUUGUGUGGUCUGCUCUGAGCUCCAACCGCCUGAUUUAUUCAGGUACUAGAGGUGGGAAAAGUCGUUAUUGUCAGGUCGUUUCGCUCCACCGAGCGGUUGGAAGGAGUUGCUCUGCGUGGAUAAGCAAAGGUCCGCAAGACGAUCACAAGGUAAACCUUGCGCACUGCUUGCGCAUAGCUUGCGCACUCAGGGCACCGCUCCAAGCUGCCGCUAUUGUCGUCGAACCCUCGGCAAAAAUCCCAUCAUCUCCGUCCCAUUCUCUGUGCCAUCUCCUCUCGGAGCGUUUAUUAAAAAUUCCACCUCAUUCGUUGAAAGAACCCCGAUGA